CAUACAUCCUGGUUUCUGAUUACCGGGUACAGAAUUCAGACCUCAGCCUCAGUGGCUGCACUGUUGGCGUUGUGGCCUUGGCCAACUGCUUCUUUGUUUAUACUGUUAGUGAUGUUGCUUAUCUGACUUUGAACUUUGGUCUACGGAAACGAGCAUCCUUCCUCUUUGCCUUUGACUAAUUAUGCAGUGGAUCCCUAUACAUGUCCUGGCCUCACUGGUGGUAUGGCUUCAGCUACCUAGCACAGUUUUGUCUCAAUAUGUUAUUGAUGAUUCAAGAGGUGUUGGGCGUCAGUUUGAUGGCAUUGGUGGCUUGAGUGGAGGAUCAGCAACUUCAAAGCUGUUGAUUGGUUACCCUCAGAAGCAACGGGAUGAAAUUCUUGACUACUUGUUUAAGCCCAGCUUUGGUGCCUCACUUCAAAUUUUGAAAGUAGAAAUAGGAGGAGAUGCUCAGGCAUCUGAUGCAACUGAAGCAUCCCACAUGCAUGUGCCUUGGGAAGAAAACUAUGAAAGAGGUUACGAAUGGUGGCUUAUGAAAGAGGCAAAAAAGCGGAACCCUCAGAUCAAGCUGUAUGGUUUGCCUUGGGCCUUUCCAGGCUGGAUAGGAAAUGGCACUCAGAACCCUUACAUUAACAGAGAGCUGCUGGCUGACUACAUAUAUAGAUGGAUCAAUGGUGCAAAGGUGCAACACAAUCUGGAUAUUGACUACAUUGGGAUCUGGAAUGAAAGAUAUUGCGACACAGAAUACUUGAAGAUUUUACGGAAAACUUUGGAUAAAAAGGGCUAUUAUCAGACGAGUAUUGUAGCAUCAGAUAACUGGUUCGACCCAAAAGUAACAGGAGACACAAGUGUUGUUGCAGCUUUUGACGUUCUAGGUGCCCACUACCCAGGUGUUGUUUCACCAGAGGUUGUCAAGCAGUUGGGAAAGAAACUCUGGUCCUCCGAGGACUACAGUACUUUUAACGAUGAUGUGGGCGGGGGCUGCUGGGCACGGAUUCUCAACCAAAAUUAUGAGUCUGGAUUAAUGACAAGCACUAUCGCAUGGAAUUUGAUAGACAGCUUCUACCAAGGCUUGCCCUGGGACAGGACAUCCUUGAUGACCGCUCGUCAACCCUGGAGUGGUUACUACUCUGUGGAGAGCCCUAUCUGGAUGUCUGCCCAUACCACCCAGUUCACAGAAAUUGGUUGGAGCUAUUUGCCUCAUGGUCUUGGUGUUGGGGCUUUGGAGCAGGGUGGCAGUUAUGUGAGCCUCACAAGUCCAGACCACAAAGACUUGACCAUUGUUAUUGAGAAGAUGAGCCACGACCAUUCUCCUUGUAUCCGACCAGCCCUUCCACCAUACACUGUGGCUAAUGAAAAUGCAACAAUCCAGUUAGAGGGAAGCUUUGCUGGUGUGACUGCUUUGUACGUGUGGCAAAGUGUUCUCCGCUUUGACUCAGGGGCUUCAUCCACCUACUUCUUAGACAUGGGAUCUGUGCCAGUCAUCAAUGGGAAAGUAACAGUUGCCAUAGGGGUUGAUCAGGUGUUGACCCUCACCACUGUUCCCACCGGGACUCAUGGAACAUACGACGCACCUCCGCCUCCAGCUGCUUUCCCUCUUCCUUUCUUUGAAGACUUUGAAAAAUAUCCUCUCUCAGCGGAACCGUUCUCCCUGGCUCCACAACAAGGCUCCUUUGAUGUAGUAAAUGUGGGAGGGACAUAUGGAAAAGUCAUGAGACAAAUGGUGCUCCAGCCUCCAAUAGCUUGGUGUCAAGAGACACUCUACUUUAAUUCUUCUUUGAAUCUGCUCGGCAGAUUUAACUGGACUGAUGUGGAGGUUCAAGUAGAUGUCAAAGUUGGUCAAACAAAUGGUUCCAAUGGUGUCUUUAUUGGAGUCCGCAUUGACAACGGAGGCUGCCAAACAUACGUGGCUAAAGGACUCUUCUUCUUCAUCUUCCCCAAUGACAACAUCUAUCUGCUGGCUAGUGACAUUCAGGGCAAAAAUGUGUUGACUUCUGGACGUGAGAAAGUGGCCAUUGUAUCAGACUGGAAUCAUCUUACACUAACAGUUCAAGGCCAAACUGUCACCGGUUCAUGCAAUAACCAGCAGCUAUUCAGUAUGCAGGUUCCAAAUGUCAACGCAAAUGGCUUUGUUGGUCUUGGCACAGAUGUCUAUGGAUAUGCUGACUUUGACAACUUUCGUGUGGAUAAUUCUUCAACUUCGAAAGUAGUUGGGAAACCUGACACUCUCUAUUUUGUUGAAGAAGACAUGGAGAUAGUUGAAUCAUUCAAAACUCCAAAUUGAUCCCUUCUGAGAUCACCAUAAUUUUUGUACCAAGAACAUUGAAUUUAUAUUUGUAGCAAUUGCUUUUAGUUAAUUUUACUUGUUUUAAGUUUUAAGAAAAGAUGAGCUUCUAAAGACAAAUCUUGCAAGUCACAACUUGUUUAAGCCAUUUUUAAUUGUAAGAUGUUUGUAACUUUACACUAUGGUACUGGGCAAUAUAGUCUUUUGGUACAUCACUGUUUUUUAUAAUGAGGUAAAUUGUUUCUGUUAAAGUCUACAUACAAUAUAAGUGCUUGUAAUACAAGGGUAAGUCUUAUUGUUUGAUAAUAUUGAUAAGCUUGUUGGAAUAUCAUCAUUAUAUUGUACAAUGUGUUAAUUCAGUAGCUUUGUUCACACGAAGGUUUUUCUUCCGUUUUUUAUGACUCGAGUAACUUACACCUCUACAGACUUUUUGGACUUUUAAUUUCAAAGAGGGUAGAGUACUCGUACCGGCAAAAAGUGCUCUUAAAUUUUUGAAUAUUAUAUGAUGUUGAUGUCAUGUAAAAUGUUCAGCUUGUAUGAUGUGAAAAAACAGCAGCAACCGAGUUUGGCAAAAUGGAUGGUUGUUUUUGUCCCGUCACAGACCAGCCUGCACACUGAGUCAAUAGCAUCUAUCAUGUCAGUCUGCCAUGCCACAGAAACAAUCGAAGACUAGAAGUCAAGGUAAUGAUUUGUUACUGUUGUUGUUCUGAAGUAACUUACUUUUAGAAACAUAAAAAUAGACUUUUACAAUACUAAACUAGAGUGAAUAUCAUGUUGCAAUGACAAGAUUUUUGAUGUACUCAAACGUGCCUGGUGAAAGAGACUGUAUGACGCAUUUUGAAGAAUUGUGUUUUAUUAUUGCAUUUUAUGGUCCAAAAAUCAUUUCUGAAUUAAUUGCUUUUAAAAUUUUAAAGAUAUCUUUAGUACUUUAUGAGAUCUUGUUAAUGUUGUCAGGUUUGCUGGCGUAAUAAAAUUUUGAGAAAAAUAACUUAAAAUUUUUCUUUGAUCUGGAUCCAGUUCUACUCCUAAUAAUAUUGGUCAAUCAGCCAGCCCUGUUGUUUGUGUCCAAAACCUUUGAUAACACAGUUACUAUACAAAGUGCAACUUUAAAGAAGUUUAAGACAAUAACAGUUUCAAAGUGCUAUUAAAACAUUUUAUUUUGCCAAUUCGCCUAUUCAAACUAGAAAUUUAGCAAAAUUGACCUGCAUUUGAUCACGAAGUGUGGGAGGGUACAUGUAUGCGCUUGGCUUCCCUUCCUUUACUACGUCAGUGUAUUCCUACACACUAUACACAACUCAAAAGGACAAAAACUGACCAGAAUUUUUGUAUGUGAUGUUAAGUUGUUGAUUUUUAUGAAUGAGUAGUAGAAAUCUUUGUCAAUGACAAUGCUAGAACUUUUUAAGAGUGGCUUUGCUUUGCUCAUGAAGUGGAACAGGAUACAAAUGCGCAAAACUUGCCACCCCUUACUGUUUUGUGACAAUUAUGCACGCUUCCUUGAUUGAGUUAGGUAAUAAGAUGACCUAAAUUUUGGUAUGCAGAAUGAUCAGGUUUGUUUUUAUAAAUGAGUCAUAGAAACCUUCCACAAAAAAGCUCUGACAGCUAAUAAGGUUCUUAUGCAAUCUCUGUUAUAACGUAAGAUGACUUAUGUUAAAAACAUCUAUUCUUCAAAAAUACAUUUCUAGCAUGGAAUAAACACAAAGCCUUGUAAAUAUCUGUAGAUCAAUGGCUAAAGCAUAAAUGUUUAAUGGAUUUCCAUUUUUGUAAAAAACGAUUUUUGACCCUUACUCAUUGCCUUGUAUCUCAGUUCUAGCAAAUGCGUCUUAUGGGACAUUUCACCAAGCACUCUUCUCGGUCAUAUUGCCAAUAUAUGGGAAAUUUCCGAGGAACACAUUUGGAUGUGUCACCAAUAUACCUGCUCUUUGAACUGGGUCCAAAGUCUGUUUCAUUAUUGUUUUUAUAAUAUCAGUGAACAUCAACAUUCAGUUACCUUUCCAAUGAUGUAUUACUGCAACUACAACUACAAUGUUUCUGCUCAAUCUGUGAAAGCUGUUUUAUUUCUAUAUCCUCAAAAUGAUUCAUAAGGCUACAAAGAUUUUACGUCCAAAUGGUUUUAAUUGUCUAGAAUGAAUACGUCCUGAACGAGUAAAGUGGUCUUUUUAUAAUAUACUUUUAUCUUUUAUUUUUCGAUGAAUGCUUUUACAAACAUUCCAAAUAUAUUUAUAUAUCAAUACAUGCCAAAUGUUGAUUGCUGGGCAAAAAUCAAUACUGUAUUAGACAUUUUUUCAUGUUUAAUGUGAGUGUUUUAAAAUGUGAUAGUUAAAAAAUAUAAAAGUGCUUUGUUACCGGUUGCUUGUUUCAUCUUGUAUCCAAAGUGGGGGCGUUGCUUCUGUGUUUCUGGGCAGACUUCACUGAAGGAUGAGGUUUAUGAAAGAGCUUUCGUAUAUUACCAGUGUCAUAUUCAGUUUGUAACAGAUCCUUUUAGUAAGGAAAUUUGUUGACAUUCUUCAUAAUUUAUUUUGACGGGCAAGUGAAAUAAAUACAAAGAACAAAGAGAAAAGGUGGGAUAAAGAUUUUAAUUAAUCUGAUUUUUAGAGUUUCACAUAUUUGAAUUUGAUGUGGUAUAAUUUAGAUUGUUUUGUUUCGUCAGUGACAGUGAAUAUUUUAUGGCAGACUGAUAUUGUUUCAUCAGUGAAUAUAACUGAGUGUCCAUUAGUUAUCACAGUCAAGUUGCGUAUUAGUUUAACAUGCUGUUUUUGCUUGGGUUUUUUUUUUAGCAGGCUUACUGAUGUUUCAAGUUGCUGUAAUUCUUUAUAUUACUAGACCAGGGAUUCCCAUGUUUUAUUCCUGAGUGUUUGUGGGAAAGCUCUAUUUAUUUACUUUUGAAUUUUAGCCGUAGCUUGUAUUUAGGGAGGAUCAUUCGCAGUACUUAUGUGCUUUUCAUUUUUUUUACUCUUUACGUUCUUACUAAAAUUUGAUGUUUCUAUCUCUUGGGUGCUCUUGUCUUUUAAUCUUUCUCCACAUUUUUCAGAUUUAUAAAUUUUAAUGUGUUUGGACUUACGGUUUAGUUAUUGAAACACUUUAUUAAAUGAAAGCAUUAUUGUGCAGGAUCAGUCUAGUAAUCUUUUCCAAUGAGAGCUAAAUUUGAUAAUGAUUGUUGUGAAUGAUGAGAUAAACUUUAUACAUUGCUGAUUUUUAAAAUUUUUGUUUAUUUUGCUGGACUCUUGAAGUAUAGAGUAGCUUUUGGCAUAUAAUGUUUUUUCCCCUUAUAUCAAUGAAAUUAUUGAAAUAAUAUUGUUGUCAAUUAUGAUGUGCCAUUGAGUUCAAAAAGUGAAAUGUCUUUCUCCUUGCAUUUGCAGUAGUGAUAUGAUUGUAUUGAAUGUGUUGGUUGAACCGUUCAAUGCCUAUAUCUUAUCUUAUUAAACAGAUUUGAGCUUUCAAUAUUACAACA